AUGAAAGGACAGAAAGCAGCUCAAUUAUGCGUCUUGAUUCUUUUCUUUGUUAUUGCAUUAACAGUUAGCGUUUGUCAUGGUACUAAUAAUCCCAAGACAAAUGCUAAUGUUGUUGAUAAAGAUGGGGGGAAAAUAAACACUAGUAGUUCCAACAAUGUGGUGAUGAACAAGGGCAAGCGUGACGGACGCGGAUAUUGGGGUGGAGGUAGUGGACGUGGAGGCAGUUACGGUGGUGGCGGGGGAGGGGGAGGGGGAGGUGGGGGAAUAGGGUAUGGAGGAGGUGGAGGGUGGGGAUGGGGAGGAGGAGGUGGGGGAUGGUGGGGGUGGGGAUGCAGGAGGCAGAAGAAAUAUAGUGAUGGGAAUCACAAGGGGUUUAUAAUGGGAGAGUUUGCACAAUGCAUGGGGAAUGGAAGGUGUAAAUGGAGGAGACUGGACUGUCCUCUUCACUGUGGAGGGGAUUGUUUCUAUGACUGUAAACAUAUGUGCAAGGCUCAUUGUCGUCGCUAG